AUGUCGUCCUACGGUCCUCCGCGUAUGAUCAUCCUCUCCACCGCCGGUGGAAACGAUAUCUUUGUCCGCAUGCCUGAGAACUAUGAAAAAGCGAUGGCAGCAACCAUGGAAAGGUUCAACAUCCCAAAGGAGACGCAUUACGCCAGAUUAUCAGUCCGGGCUGUUGACUUGCCUUGGAUGGGUGGAUACGCGGCAAAAGACAGGGUCUAUAUCGCCGAUAACGAUUCAUAUCAAUAUGCUUGCACUGGGAAGCAUUUUGCUCGGUUCGAAGUUCAUGUGUACGCAAAGACUCCUAUGCCAAGUUCUUCUUCCUCAGGCUCUGACAAAGGCGACAAGAAAACCGAACCCAAGCCAGCAGAAGUUCCUCUUCCAGCCGAGACUUCCGAUAUGGAUGUCAUAUCGGCAGAAUCUGAGUUAACCUGUACCACGUUGAAGGGGAGAACUACGACUGCUGCUGGUGUCGUCUUUGGCGAUGUGCGGGUUACUCGGCCUGGAGCCUACCUUGGUGUACUCCAUAUCAAUGACAACAUGACAAAGCAAAGAUUUGUCGGAACUCAACUUCGUCCCGACGAAGUGUUUACCAGAUGUGUACCUCAGGAUAAGAACGUCUGUCGCGUUAUGUUUUGUCCUCGUUCUAUCCGCCCGGGUAUCAAACUACUUCACCCAGAUGAGAAGAAUGUCGAAAUCAGCUACUCUAUCAAGGACUGGUCUCUCGCCUCCUCAUACCCCACCACCACUCUCAACCCCGACCACUCCUCCAAGCACCGCAAACGUCUCCGCUGGUACAUCCGCGUCCACCCCUCGGGCAUGAUCGAAGAUCUCCUCACCGGCACAAAAUCGUCCAACCUCUUUUGCGAGCUCGUCCCCUCCUCCCCGACUACUGCCCCUGCGGCUCCUCCGAAAGAUUUACAAGCGGCGCUGGUACCUGCUUACCCGGAUUUAAGGCCGGGGAAUGCUUGGUGUCUACCGCUAGAGCUGUUUGUACCACAUUUGGAUCGGGUGUUGGAAGAUUUGGGGUUGGAGGUGGAGUGUAGGACGGGGAUGAUCACGAGCUGGUUGCCUGGUAUUUCGAGGCAUGGACACAUAGCGUAUAGGAUACUACACCGAAACCAAAUCGACCCGACCAUGAAGUUGACAAUCAUCCCGCCCCCUUCCGUCUUAAUCCGCAUAUUCGUCCUGUUCAAGGGCAUAUCAACUGCAGAACUGCCGCAGUGGGAAAAGUCCGGCGUCGCGCACGCCCAGUCUGGUUUAGAUUGGAGAGAUGCGGUGGGAUGGUCUCGAGACUUGGCAAAUGAGACCUUGUUCCGAGUGAUAGAGUAUGGGGCCAUGGAGGUGCAUGCUGUCGAAGUAUGA